GCCCAUUGGCAUAUCGCGAAACCUAAUUAUUCUUGAUUAAUUCUGAUUGGCCAGAAAGUCCUGCAUGAGACUUGAGAGAAGUUGAGACCACCUUAGUCCUACGACGGGGUCCUCUUCCCGCCCGAACUCGACCUUUGCGGCCGGAACAUCGUGAAAGGAAAAAAAAGUCUGAAUUUUUGGUCAAUCUCUUUUGCCCUGCUCACCGCUACAUCUUCCCUACUAUCGAGAUCUAGAGCCAUAGGCAAGCCGGCCCUCGAUGGAUGUCCACGUCCUCCUCCUAGAUAUCGAAGGCACGGUGUGUCCGAUCUCCUUUGUCAAAGAUGUCCUGUUCCCCUACGCCCUCCAGGUCCUCCCCACCACCCUAGCCACCGAAUGGGACUCUCCCGCCUUGCAGCCCUACCUCUCCGCCUUCCCCGCUGAGCACCGCUCCAGCCCCUCCGCCCUCCUCGCCCACGUCCAAUCCCUCAUGGCGCAGGAUCUCAAAAUCCCCUACCUCAAAGCCCUCCAAGGCUACCUCUGGACCCAAGGCUACCUCAACGGCUCCCUGAAAUGCCCGCUCUUUCCCGACGUCGCGCCCGUACUGCGCGCCUUCCACCGCGCCGCCCUCCCCAUCGUCAUCUACUCCUCCGGCUCCGUGCCCGCACAGCAGCUGCUCUUCCAGCACACCACCGACGGCGACCUGCGCCCGCUUCUCUCCGGAUACUUUGACACCGUGAACGCGGGGCCCAAGACCGACAGCGCGAGCUAUCGGAAGAUCGCGGGCACGCGGCAAGAGGACAUUGCUAAGUGGCUGUUCUUGAGCGACAACGUCAACGAGGUCCGCGCUGCCAAGGAGGCGGGCAUGCAGGCGUGCGUCGUGGUUCGGGAGGGCAACAGCCCGCUGUCGCCGGAGGACAGGGAGGGCCAGCUUGUUAUCAGCUCGUUUGAUGAGCUGCGCAUCGCGGGCGUGCAGAACUAGCUGGAAAGGGGGUAAUUGGUAGAGAGGAAGGAGAGGAGGAUGCAUGCUAUGCCUUAAGAACAGCUACAUGUUUUGGACUGGAGUCCAGAUAUAAACCACACCCUUGAUCACGUGCAUACUAUUCAUUCCUUCAUUUAGCUACAGCCCAGCUUAACCAGUACAGAGUCAUUCAGCCCCCCCUCUCAAGUCCCACUGGUCCUUUGC